AUGAUGUCCUACCUCAAACAGCCCCCCUACGGCGUCAAUGGCCUGGGGCUGAGCGGCGCUGCCAUGGACCUGCUGCACCCCUCAGUGGGCUACCCAGGUACACACACACAUUGCUCCGCAGCGACUCCCAGGAAGCAGCGCAGGGAGCGGACCACCUUCACCCGCUCUCAGCUCGACGUGCUGGAGUCUCUGUUCGGUAAAACCCGCUACCCGGACAUCUUCAUGCGGGAGGAGGUGGCGCUGAAAAUCAACCUGCCCGAGUCCAGAGUUCAGGUGUGGUUCAAGAACCGGAGGGCCAAGUGUCGCCAGCAGCAGCAGAGCGGCAGCAGCGCCAAAGCCAGGCCGCCUAAGAAGAAGUCUUCUCCAGCCCGCGAGAGCACCGGAUCGGAGAGCAGCGGCCAGUUCACGCCUCCCGCCGUCUCCAGCACGGGUUCGUCCUCGUCCUCGUCCUCCUCCACCAACCACACAGGCCCGGCGGCACUCAGCAGCACCUCUACCUCCAUCAGCACAGUCUCCUCCAUCUGGAGCCCCGCCAUCUCCCCCGGAAACGCUCCCGCUCCAGCCGUGGCCCCUCUCCCAGAGCCCGGACCCCCUUCUAACGCCUCCUGUAUGCAGCGCUCAAUGUCAGGCUCUGCCGCCGCUGCCACCUCCUACCCCAUGUCCUACAACCAGACGCCGGGCUACGGCCAGGGCUACCCGACCCCCUCCAGCUCCUACUUCAGCGGCGUGGACUGUGGCUCCUACCUGGCUCCCAUGCACUCCCACCACCACCCCCACCAGCUCAGCCCCAUGACGGCCUCCUCCAUGUCAGGCCACCCGCACCACCACAUCAGCCAGUCGUCGGGCCACCACCACCAUCACCACCACCACCAGGCCUACGGCGGCUCCGGCCUGGCCUUCAACUCCUCCGACUGCCUGGAUUACAAAGAGCAGACUGCGGCCUCCUCGUGGAAGCUCAACUUUAACACCACAGACUGCUUGGACUACAAAGACCAGGCCUCCUGGAGGUUCCAAGUCUUGUGA